AGCGACCUUGUGGGUCCGGCGGCGUCAACGCGGCUACGACAACCAGCCUUUUUAUUCGCCUCCGCCGCACCACCACUACCACUGCCACCGUCGCCGCUGCUACUUCUUCACCUCCCGUCAGGUUGCUUGGCUGCUGCGGCUCACUCGAUUGGACGAAAGAAAUGGAGUAAAUAGCGAGGGAGGGAAAGAGAGUGAAGACUUUCCGACUCUGUAUCAAUGGAUUCCGUCAAAGGGGAGAAAGAUCUGGAAAUGAGUUCCAGUCUCGAGAGACCGUCGCCGUCGCCUUCACCUUCGCCGCGGGCGGCGGCUCUGUACGUGUCGAGCUCCAGCAAAUCAUUAGCGUCUUCAAACUCUGGAAAGGCAUUGGUGGUUUCCAAUUCCGGCAAGGCUUUGGUCGUUUCCAAUUCGGGAAAAACAAUGGACCAAUCAGGAAAGAAGAAGUAUGUGAAGCAGGUCACUGGUCGGCACAACGACACGGAGCUCCAUUUGGCUGCGCAGAAGGGUGACGUGGCAGCAGUGAGGCAGAUUUUGGGGGAAAUCGAUGAGCAAAUGCUGAAGACAUCUGGCGGGGCUGAGUUUGAUGCUGAGGUUGCUGAAGUCAGGGCUGUUGUAGUGAACGAGGUCAAUGAACUCGGGGAGACACCACUUUUCACAGCUGCAGAGAGGGGAUACAUUGAUAUCGUUGAGGAGUUGUUACCUUUCACAACUAAAGAAGGGAUUAGGACUAAGAACAGGUCCGGUUUCGAUCCACUGCACAUUGCUGCAAGUCAAGGACAUUGUGAUAUUGUCCAUAUGCUGCUGGAGCAUGAUCCUGAACUAAGCAGAACAGUUGGUCAAUCAAAUGCUACUCCACUUAUAUCUGCUGCAACUAAAGGGCAUAUUGCUGUUGUCAAGGAAUUACUGUCAAAGGAUCCCAGUUUGCUAGAGAUGACAAGGUCUAAUAGUAAAAACGCAUUACAUUUUGCUGCCCGCCAAGGCCAUGUGGAAAUUGUCAAAGCAUUGCUUGAGAAGGACCCAGACCUGGCCAAAAGAACUGAUAAGAAAGGACAGACUGCACUGCACAUGGCUGUUAAGGGUGUUAAUUGUGAAGUUGUUAAGUUGCUUCUUCAGGCAGGUGCUGCGGUUGUGAUGCUUCCCGACAAAUUUGGUAACACUGCACUGCAUAUUGCCACCAGGAAAAAACGUGUUGAGAUUGUUCAUGAGCUGCUAUUGCUUCGGGACACAAAUGUUAAUGCAUUGACAAGAGACCACAAAACAGCUCUUGACAUCGCUGAAGGGCUCCCUUUAUCAGAAGAAAUUGUGGAAAUAAGGGAAAGCUUGACUCGUAAUGGAGCUGUCAGAGCCAAUGAACUGAACCAGCCUCGUGAUGAGCUUCGGAGAACUGUAUCAGAAAUUAAGAAGGAUGUACAUAUUCAGCUUGAACAAGCUCGCAAAACAAAUAAAAAUGUUACUGGGAUUGCAAAGGAGCUUAGGAAGCUCCACAGAGAAGGAAUAAAUAAUGCCACGAAUUCAGUCACGGUGGUUGCUGUUCUUUUUGCAACAGUUGCUUUUGCUGCCAUAUUCACAGUUCCUGGAGGUGAUGAUGACAAUGGAAAAGCUGUGAUGGUAAAAAAUCCUUCAUUCAAGGUCUUCUUUGUUUCUAAUGCUGUGGCACUUUUCACGUCCCUGGCUGUUGUUGUUGUGCAAAUUACAGUGGUCAGGGGUGAAAUAAAAUCUGAGAGACGAGUAGUGGAGAUAAUCAAUAAGUUGAUGUGGUUGGCCUCUGUUUGCACCACGGUGGCUUUCAUUUCUUCAGCUUACAUAGUUGUUGGGAGACACAAUCGAUGGGCUGCAAUUCUUGUUACUAUUACAGGGGGACUUAUAAUGGCAGGGGUUCUGGGUGCUAUGACAUAUUAUGUAGUGAAAUCCAGAAGGAUUCGGAGAGUGAAGAAGAAAGAGAAGUAUUCUAGGAGUGGGGGAACAAACUCAUGGCGUAACUCGGAUACUGAUUCAGAAGUACACCCAAUCUAUGCUAUUUGAUGGAAGAUGCAAGAUUGAGUGUAUUCGUUUUUUUCAGUAUGCAGACAACUCCGAGAACCAAGCAAUGCAAUCUCUAUAGAAAAAGAGUCAAUUAACUACAAACAUUGGGAGCUUUGGAAAACUUUUAUAGGUUCUCAAAACACAUAUAUUGUUGGAUUGAGAACCGAGUUUCUAACACGCAAGACAUACAUACUAAAGACCUCAGAAUCAAAUGAGGAUACUUUGUCAGCAAAAUGAUGCGGAAUCAGGGGGAAACUUCUGGAAGGUGUUGUUUUGUGGAGCAUAAGCUGUAACACGAAGAAGAGAUGUGUGCUUGUGACACAAGUGGUCACAAAUGUUCUCACUACUGAAUGUACUGUUUGCUCCUUGCAUGUUUAUUGAAUAAAUAUUGGUUUCUCUCAAGACUUGGUUGCUCUUUUGCAUUCUCUGAUGAUGUCUUUUAAUGAUAUAUACAUAUAUAUAUAUGUAUGCAAGUAUGUACAGUAUUCUAACUCUUUUCUGUAAUGGUUACCAUGCAUAUGGUUUUGACACCAAGUGCUUGUCUU